UGUGCACGUCCGGAACUCCGGCGCUCGCUCGCUCGCUGGCGGACCUUUCGCCAUUUGGACUUCGGCAAAAAAUACAGGUGGGCCCCAACAUGGCGACGUGCAAGCGCAGGCUGUCGUGCCCGCAGACUGUGCAGCACCUCUGGGACGCUGUCGACUCCAUCCGACAGCAGAAACAGGUGAGCAACCUGGAGCGGGUGGCCAACUACAUGCGCCGCAAGCACCACCUGUCGGCAGCGGACACGGAGCGGCAGCUGGGCCACGCCGUGCGGGACGCCCUGAUGCUCUCCCGCAAGAAGAUGGGCUUCAAGGGCUCCAAGGUGGGCGUGCCCCAGGAGGCCUUCCAGCUGCCCGAGGAGCCCCCGGAACGGGAUGGACAUGACUGGUACUGCUUCGAGUGCCACCGGGGCGGAGACGUGCUGCUCUGCACUUCCUGCCACCGGGUGUACCAUGUUGUCUGUGUCAAGGAGGACCUUUCCAACGAGGAGAAGUUUGUCUGUUCUGUCUGCCAGCUACUGCAGGAAAAGGAUGAGUUGAAGCUGAAGGCAGAGGACUUGAACAUGCUCCUUGGCUACACCUGUGUUCGACUCAAGGACAAGACAUGCACGACGAAGGAGCUGCACCGCCUGCUUUCGACGGAAGCAGACACUUGGAAGCAGAACCAGCUCAUCUACCAGAAAAUGGACCUGGUCACCAUGGAGGAGAAGACACGCAACGGCGACUACAUGGGGCUCGAGGAAUUCCGGGCGGACGCCCAGACCAUCGUUCACAACGUCGUCAUUUUUUACGGCAUCCACAGUUGCAUGGCCGACAUGGCCCGGCAGAUGCUGCGGGACUGCAGCUACGACCUGGGCGAGAUCCGCCAGUGCAGCGCCUGCUACCGCAUGUCCAAUGAGAAGCGGGACAAGUUCUGGUUCUGUCAGCCAUGCGACCCGCCGCACGACCUGGUCUUCGCCAAGCAGAAGGGCUUCCCCUACUGGCCGGCCAAGGUCAUCCGCAUCGACGACCACUGCUACGACGUCCGCUUCUUCGGCGGCUACCACCAGAGAGCCCUAGUAGACCGGUCCAACAUCAAGCCCAUCGGCACAAGCCUGAAGCAGAUUGCGGCAAAGCGCACCACGGCACUCAACAAGGCUCUGGAGGAGUUGAAGAGGCACCAGCAACUGCUCGAGCACCGGUCCAGGGGCACCUCCGGAGACUGCAGCUCCCCUGCGAGACACUCGCCGGUCAAGGCCAAACGGGGCCGAGGGCGGCCUCGGCGCGUCGUGGUCCCGCAGCCGAGCUCUUCCUCGUCGUCUUCGGAGGACGACCAUGAGGAGGAGGAGGAAGAGGAGGGGGAGGGGGAAGAAGUGUCCGAGGAUGAAGAAACACCUUCGUCAUCCUCACUUGCCAAGAUGGCACGCCUGAAGGACGAAUCUUCGUCGGAAGACCACAACGUCGUGUCCUCGUCCUGCCAGGAAUCUCCCAGCUGCAGAGUGUCCACGUCGACGCAGACGCACAAGAAGAUGCUGGUGAGCAAGGCAGCAGGGGAAGAGGCCCGGUGCGACUGCGAGGCCAGGCACCAGCUGAGUUCCAAGGACCUCCGAGAAGAGCUGGAGGCCAAGCACGCACGUGACAGAGAGCGCCUUGCCCAAGAGAUCGAAGAAAAGGUGCGCAAGCAGUGCGAGGCGGAGAAGCUGAAGGAGGUGGGCUCUGUCCUGGAGCGCAUGCGGGAGGAGCUGGAGCAGCACAAGCUGCGGGACAGGGACGCCCACGAGCAGGAGCUGGCUGCGCUGGAGGAGCGCCACCGGCAGGAGAUCUCCGACACCAAGAAGAAGCAGUGGUGCUACAACUGCGAGGCGGAGGCCAUCUACCACUGCUGCUGGAACACGCUCUACUGCAGCGUGGAGUGCCAGCAGGUGCACUGGCACAAGGAGCACAAGCGCUCCUGCCGACGCAAGCAGUGAUUCCCCCGGGCCCGGGCAGGCUCCAACUUGGGGCUACGGUGCGGACUCGGAACGGUGGCAGGGACGUUUGGGGGCAUUCCACGGCGUCCACCGAGGCAGAGAGCAAAGCUCCGUGACUGGUCGAGCGUUCGCCGUCGCCGGUCGACUCGACUUCGCGGCGUUCGACCGUCCCGCGUCGCAUCGAAGUGUCGUCUGUCGACGUCUAUGAACGCCUUGUUUGACCACAGUGCUUGGAGCGUGUAUUUGACCGGUUCGUUUACCGGGUCCACGAAAGAGGUCCCUCGAUUUUCGCCCAACGACGUCGCGGAAGUGUCGUUCUGUUGUCUGCCGCGAUUCUGGUGGUAAUGCGGCAGCGGAGCUGUACGUGGCAGGCGCCUGUUCCGCCGUAAGUCGCUCUGCAGUCGGACAGUCGACGAAGACCAAAGUGGAUACGACAUGGGACGCUGCGACGACGGGGACCCUCGCAUACCUUUGCCUUUUUUGCCCGCGUCUUUACAACCGACUGCCAGUAUCGUGACAUCCGACGGCACGACACUCCGACUGCCGAGACGCAAUUCGUCGUCACUUCGGCACCAUUUUCGACGCAUGGCCAGGAUUGGACGGUAAACACUCCAGUCAAAGACACGUUUUAGACAUUGUAACAUCGUCUCUCAGAGGCUGCAGGCACUUUGUUUUGACAAUGUUACUUAGUGGGUGCCAAGGAGCAAGGCCGGCAGAAAUUCUGCAACGGGCGUCGGUGCUGCGGGAAAGGCGAAAAUUGCGCGACCGAGCAAUCCGCGUUGAGCCGACGAGGAGGGACAUGGGUCUUGAAAUGCCGAAAAAUUGUCCAAACCACGGUGUCGGAGGAUAAAUUUCAUCGCCCGUAGAUGCUCCUCUUCGAAGUCGAAAGCGUGCCGUCGACAAAAGUUGUUGACCUCUUUACUACCUUUGAAGGAGUAGAGCCGUCAAACUUUUGGGUUGCCUUUGUUUGUCAGUAAACUUGGAACACAACUUAGAAUUUGCUGAAAUACCGCAGAUAUGUUUGAUGUCUUAUUGUUUUCAUUGUGGUUGCUGGGAACGGAAUCUGCACUCGAAGGACGACUAUUUUUUCAUCUUAUAAUCAAAAGCAUGUCAUCCAAAUUUCUAGUGUGGUGGGAAGGGCUUGUUUUGAGGCAUUGACUAUAAUCAAAAGCAUGUCAUCGAAAUUUCUAGUGUGGUGGGAAGGGCUUGUUUUGGGGCAUUGACUAACCUAAGUGGUAAAAUUGGGUUCCCACCCUUACCCUUUUGGAGUAAAGCACAAAAAAGCACCAAUGACAUGCUUGUGCUAACCGUCACGCAGCGUAUUUAGUGGUUUGUUGGUAUACUCUUGUGUUUCAUGGUUGGUAGUGUCAUAUGCAAUAGAGUAAAGUGAUACAAACUAAGAGCUUUAUGUUUCCACUUUAAGAGGUCACUAAGAGGUUUCUGAACUUGUUUCUUUAAUUUUAUGUCAAUAAUGAUCUAUUUGCUCCAAGCUCUCUUAAAAAUUCUAAGUUACUCUUAUGCAGCUUAUUUUUGUAUUAAAAGCACAAUCAUUUGUACGUUGCAGUUCGGAGGAGCAUAUUAAAGGGCCCUUUGUGACGCCGACAGAUGCCCUUUGUCACGCUUUGGUGACAAAGGUCAUCUGUCCGCGAAUCGUGAGCCAUGGUCUCAGGCAACGGAUGAAAAUUACCCCGCUUGUUCGUCGCGAGGCAGGUCGUGGCUUGCGGUUGGUUGGCUGACGGGUGCAUUUUGUCAUUAUUCUUUGUAAUCUUCUCCUCCUCUAUACUGGAUGUAUUGAUGUUUUAUCACAUUUUUACAAAGAAAUUGGCCACACAUGACAGUAAUUUUGAAUGCUAUAAGGCUCGUAGAUCAUUAUCAUCGAAGAAAGUGCAGCUUUAAGCAUCUAACUUGGCUAGAAUGCCUCUUUCUAACAAAAUCAGAAUUUCAUGAGCCAUUAUUGCAUCUCUCUCCCCUGUCUUGUACCUUUUCCUUCUCUUUUUCUGUUCAUGCAUCAUAGUCUUGAUUUUACGGUACAGGUAAUAGUAGUAAUCGACUUCCAGUGCAUAAACUUUUACUCGCAGUAAUUGAAAAUUUAUAACUUUAAUUUUUACUCACCGACUCUCAUCGCCUGAUAAUGUAAAAUGACUCCAGAGGAAUGUUAAUAUCCGUACAUAUGCUCUGCAGGGCAGCUCUCUAUCAACAGAUUCAUGGUAUUGCUUUUAGAUACUUUAUCAUUUAAUCGGGAAAUGUCAAAUGUUAUUGGCUGCAACAAAGUGAACAAUGAGGACCAUAGCAAUCGCUGGCGAAUGAAGUAGCAUAGGGGCACAUCUGUACAAACGAUGAAUGAGGAGCAUCCAUAGUUAAGAUCUCUAUAGUCGCUGGCAGGCUGAGAACGGCUGGGCGUGUGCCUGGCGCACAUAAAAUGCCCUAGCGUUAUCGAAGGUAGGAAGCUUAUGGUGGAGGUGGACCAACUGAAACUCUUCUCUGUCAGUCUCACCCUGCCGGUGGCUAUAGUUUCAAGACCCUUGUCCUUCCGAGCGUGGGCUGUCGGUACGGACAUUUUUUUUGGUGGAAACAUAGAUGCGAGCAUCGGACAUCCUGUUAGGUGGGCCGCACAAAUUUUUUUAGCGGUCCGACAUGAUGGAGCGUUUUUUUCGAGGUUCACGCGAAACAAGUGCAUCAUGGAGCUGUGGUCCUACGUGAGAAUUCGGGAUUUUGUGGGGAUUACCCGAGGAACGCAACCCCGCGUACCCAGUUGCGGGUCACCACGACACACCCGGCCAUGAGUGGACGCCUGCCUUCCUCGCGCAUCUCUCAUUGUGUACAUAGUUGCAGGCGAGCAAAGUGCUUUGUCAUUCAUCCCGCUGUCCCCCUGUGGUGGUGCACACUUGUGAAUAGGACACUCUCCUCUCCCUCAUGCUACCUUGGAAAGAAGCAUUUGCUCGUUUGUGCAUCUUUGAACAUAACGCACCUCAUUUUUCUGGAAUACGGGAAUCCAUUUUUUCUUUUGUCUUAGGGUGUUGCUGUAAGGACCUCAUUGUAGUAGCUGUGUUGCGCAUCUUCCCAGAGAGGCGGGCAGCCCCGUGUUUUUUUCAAGGACGGACUGCCCUAGUCAUUCAUUCCGUCUUUUUGAUUGUUACGUUUUUGCCUCUGCGACGAGGGGGCUCUUUCUUCCUCGUUGCAUGCACAGGUUGACUUUCCUCUCGCCCUGGCUCAGUGUGUGUUUUGUGCGCCUACGUAGGCAGUGCUGUAAAAGAGCUGCUACCAAGCUGAAUAUGUCUUACGAGAGAGUAGAAGCUUCUUCAGUUUGUACUGAUUUGCGGGAGUUUUGAAUGAAAACGUUUUAUAAAAUAAGCUGAACGAGGUGACGUCCCUCUUUUUUUUGCCAGCGAAUGAAGAUCCACGGAAUCACAUGUGAUGUGGCGAUUUUCUGUGGUUCCAUGAACCCUCACGAAGCAAGCAACAUUGGAGAUCAAUGGGCUUGCAAUCCAGAUGUGCUCUUGAACAUAGUUUGUCAAGAAGGUUUUAAUAAUAAAUGCGUUAGAAUGAAAAA